CAUGAUGCCCAUUUAACACCGCCUCCUGCAGUUCUCAGAUUCUGACGAGAUUGCCUGAUAUAACGAGCCAACGAGGGAAUAAUAUCGCGCAACUCCUGCUGAUCUUAUCAACUACUCCAAGUUGGAAUCAGAGUUUUACUUUGUACAUACGUACUCUUCAAUUCGAUUAAAUUCCGGAAAUUAUUCGAUGCAUUGAUUAGCAGCUGUAAACGUAAAGUCUCCUUCCAUUGGUCACGUGGCAGCACGGGUGACAAGAUGGCGGCCGACCUUGCGACCGAGUUAUCAGCAGAGGUCAACACCAUGAAGGCACACUUGUCUCAGAGUCGCACCCAAAUCGACCAAAUUGCUCGCCGUGCAGGAGUGGUCAUCGAGCACAACGAGUUUUGUGCUAAUCCGAGCGAUAUGCUGGCAAAACUACUCCAUUUAAUGGACGACAUUCUGGCACUUCCACUUACGGAGGGCGUGAUUUUCGCCACGUUGGCGUUGCAAGGUCACCCUGUCGACACUACCUACAACGGCGACAGCUGCCACACCCUCGUUGACGCCAUUGACGAACUAUUCUUCUCACUUCCGGAGAAUCUGGCGGACAGCGUGGACCUUGUCGUCAACCAAACUCCCAUAGUCGUUGAGGCUAAAGACACCUUUGACCCUCUUAAUGUUACUGACAUGAAUAGUUUCGAUUAUGAAGAGGCCAAUACGCUGGAGACUUCAUCUCUCGAAGUGAUUUCUCCAAAUCAGCCACCUUUCAAGCCAAGGAAGGAGUGGGUUUGUCCCAUCUGCUACAAAACCUUCAAAGCCAAGAUAUUUUUAAAUGUGCACAUUGUCACCCACGAUCCAAAUGCUAGUGUGCAAUGCGAGAUUUGCAGUAAAAUUUUGAAAAAUCCGGUCUGCCUGAAAUUUCACAAGAGGAACAUGCACACCCCGCGUGAACGUCCCCGCUGCCCCAUCUGCCAGCGCCCCUAUUUUAACGCCUCUACUUUGCAGAAGCACAUUGGGAGCAUGCACAGCUCGUCGAACGAAGCCCGACCUCGCUACCCGUGUGAAUUUCCAAACUGUGCGAAAUCCUACAAAUCGAAGGGCGACCGUAUAAAACAUUUCAAAAUCCACCAUUCAAAAAAACCCGCUCAAUUUGGGUGUACCAAUUGCGGGAAAAAAUUUAAACUAAGACACCAUUUCGACCAACACAAGCUCAUCCAUUCGACAGAGAAGCCUCAUCUGUGUCCCACCUGCGGGAGGUGUUUCAAGAGAGAUUGCCAUCUGAAAGCUCACCUGGUCGAACCGCAAGAUUUUCCAAUGCCCAAAAUGCCCUAGGACUUUUUUAAGUGGGUAUGGAUUAAGGCGACAUGAUGCCCAUCACGAUGUCCACCGUCCCGACGAAAAGGAGGUGAAGAAGUUUUCGUGCACCCUUUGCGACAUGAGAUUUUCCAGGUCAAACAACUUGAAACGGCACGUGUGGGUCAUGCACCACGUGGACGGCGACCUCGGAAUAGGACAGAAGACGCCAAACUUCUGCGAAUCCAUCCCCAUUUUCCAUCUUACGCCGGAAGAAAUUAACAACUUUUAGUAAAUUGGUGAUUGACACGCUUAAAAAUAAUAUUACUCCUUUGAAAAGUAAAUGCACUCUGAAUUCUAGAUUAAGUAAACUAUAUUAAAUUCGUAGUAGAUUUUAUUCUUUGUCAAAUUAACGUUAUCCUGGGUCUACUGACACUCUUAAAAAUAAUGUUACACGUUUGAAAUGUAAAUUCAUUCUGAAUUAUGUUGGAAUUAAGCUUUACUAAAUUCAGAGUAAUGUAGACACUUACAAUGGGUAUGUUUCCCUGCUGAUUUGAGUAUACAAAGUUGUGUGUCAACUGGAGCGACGGUGGCGCACAUACCCAUCUGUGUAUUAUUUAGUUGCUAGGUGAGAAGUGGUGGCGCUCGGGUGCAACACCUACCAGUGUAUUAU